AUGACUGCUCUUUGCACGUCAUCGCUAUUGAUUCAAACCCCUAGCACGUCUGACCCACCAACCCACCCUCCUUUCCUGAUUGGGCCAACCUGUGGUCAGAUAGCUUUGACAACUUUAGCACGGCUUCAACUUCGAGUUCUACGAUGUAUUCCCGUCCUCAUCGCGAUGAAAAAAGCCCCACCCCUGCCUCUUCUCCUCAUCGAUCGCCUUCAUCGCAAGCACAGGCUCAGCCAACCCCUCGUCGAAGUGCUCGAACAACCCCACUCCGUCGACAAUCUUCCAUGGUUAUCCCUCCCUCCGAUUCUCGAAAGGCCGUUCCGAGUGAUGUUGAAUCCGAGUCCGAGAAUGUACGAAAGGGUUCCAAGCGUCGCCGAGAGGAAACAGAAGAUGAAUCAGCUUUGA